UAGGGUUUUCUUUUCCCUUUUACCCGCGUUUCGUUGUCGUCGCUUUUCCUCGUCCUCAUUUCUUCGUGGUUGCUUCGGUUUCGCGUGCCGUGCUCAUCACGACCGGAGCUCGCUUGCUACUUCGCCUCCUUCGAAGGCCUCGGAUCGGAAGUCACGACGGUAGCUCGCUUGCUGCGUAGGUUCGCCUCGGAAGUCACGACGGGAGGUCGCUCGCUGCGUAGAAUUUUUCAGGCCAUGCUACACGUGACGCAGGAAUGCUAAAAAGUAUGGCUGAUAUUAUGCGUGAAGAUGAUUUCAAGGAUGGUGAAUUCGUUGCAAAGAGGAUCAAAGUUACUGAAGUAGAUACUGGUAAUUUGGUAAAAGAAAAGAACGAAGAGCAAAAUCUGGAUAUCCAUGCGAUAGAUGAAAAUGUGAUCAAGUCUACCAUAUCAAUGGAUCGGACUGGAAGCAAUGUUGAAGAAAAAUUGUUUGGAGAGGUUGAUAAGCAGAUGCCUGAAUCUAAUAAAACCUCAAAAGAUAUUAUGUCAUGCAGUUCCAACGAAGUUCAAGACCAGUUUGUCGGUAAUUUAUGUGAUAUGGAUGCUGCUGCAGCAGAAGACAAGGGAUCCAGACACACAAUGGAGGAUGCUUGGGUGGUUCUUCCUGAUGCAAGCAUGGAUUAUCCUGGAAAAUUGAGAUGUGCGCAUUUUGCAAUUUAUGAUGGGCAUGGUGGUCGUCUUGCAGCUGAAUAUGCACAGAAACAUUUACAUGCAAACGUGCUUUCAGCAGGCUUACCACGUGAGUUGAUAGAUGUUAAAGCUGCCAAAAGGGCCAUACUCGAAGGUUUUCGGAGAACCGAUGAGUCAUUACUCAAAGAAAGCACAAUAGGAAAUUGGCAAGAUGGUGCAACUGCUGUCUGUGCAUGGGUCUUGGAGCAAACGGUUUUAGUAGCUAAUAUUGGAGAUGCUAAAGCAGUGUUAGCACGAGCUACAUCUGAUGGAACGCAUGAUACAGGUUUGAAGGCCAUUGUUUUGACAAGAGAGCACAAAGCCAUUUACCCCCAAGAACGUGCCCGAAUUCAGAAGGCUGGAGGUACUGUGAGUGCGAACGGGCGUUUGCAGGGUCGUAUUGAAGUUUCAAGGGCCUUUGGUGAUCGACAAUUUAAAAAGGCAUUGUUUGCAUCAAAAACAAGGAAAACUAAAUACGGGUGCUGGGUUGAUGGGAAUGAUAUGUAGAUUAGUAGAUUGAAAAUUAAUUACCUGAAGAAGAGUAUGAUUUCGAUCGAUAGAUGGAAAGUGGAUAUCAACAACCGGAGGAAUUGCAUCAAUUGUGGCUUCUUCAAUAAUGUCGAUAGUAGGAGGAAUUGCAUCAGCUGGGGUUUCUGGGCUCGUUGAGGACAAUUAUGCAGGAAGUUGCAUUUUAUCAAAUUUACAUGCUGCAACAUGUUCCAAGAUCUUCUCUUCAAUAGAAGCAACUUUCAUCUCCACCCGUCCAAGCCUCGAGCCAAGCUUCUCUUCAAUAUCCUUGAUCAAAAAAUUAUAGAAUGUGCACAUUUCAGUCAGCACUUGCUUAGAUAUGCUAACAUUUGCAUUAGUGGAUGUUGUGUUGCAAACAAAUUCCUUUGGUCUUGCUGAGGAGAAUGAGAGGUAUGAUUGAGGGGUUCAGGGCAAAUGGGCUGUGGCAUUUGGCUAAUUGUAUAGUCCUUAUGUAGUAGUAGGCCUGCUUCCUCCUAAGUAACUCCCUGGAGGGAACAAAAAAUUUGCUCAGAAUUGAGCCCAUUGUUAUCAAAUUACUUAUCAUGUUAUGUGUAGGGAAGCAUGUGUACCUGGCUAUCCUCUAGAUUAUUAAAUAGUUUGGAGACCUGCUUCACUGGAUAAAAAAUGUGACUGUCCCACCGAAGGAAACGGGGUCUUGAGUUACCCAUAUUAGGGGCAUUAAUUGAAGUGUGUUCUAGAAAUCAAAUCUACAUAAGAUCAAAUGUAACAUUAUUUAAUAAAUUCUUUAAAUAAAUUAAUAAUUAAAAAGAUACUUAGAUGCUGUUAGCACUCAAGAUUAGCAAAUGUAUAAAUCCAUUUAUAUAACUUAGUGGACUCUCCUCAACAAACUUUUGGGCCAUCUUGUUAAACUGAGAAACUAAGAAAUCUGUAAUAGCCCUUGCCCAAUUAUAAGAUGAGAACUCAUCUAUAAAAAAAAAAAACAAAAAGAUGGGAACUCAUCUAUAUUAUGUGCAACAUUAAUAUGCUUUUUUGGGGUUCUUUUGUUAUAAAUGGGGGAAAAUAAAUUGGACAACAAAAACAUGAUAAAUUUAUUUAAAAUAAUGGAUGGAUCAAUUGAUUUAUUGAUGCUUUUCAUCUCAUUUUUAAUGUCGAUUGAGGAGUAUGUUGUUAGUGGCUCGCUUUCCCAACUAAUAUUAGCACAUCUGUUUGCCAAUCCUAUAAGCAAAGCCGCUUCAUCUGUAGUGAAUCAUAGCUCAUGCCCCUUGAUGCUGAAGCAUUUAUGGAGAAUAUCCCAUAAUGAAAGCAACAUGCAUAUCAGGGGGUACAUUCAGAUUGCUGGGAACUCCAUAAAUUGAUAUAUGUGUAAUUUCUUUAUGGUGUUCUGAACUUCCUUGUUUAAAAUUCUAAGCAACGGGUCGCAGAACUUUAAAUGUUGAUGGUCUGCAAUGAUAAGUAAUCUUUGGAUUGUACAUCUGCAAACAUCUGUACAAUGAUGAACAACAAUCCAAUACACAAUGUAUAUCAAGUUCUACACGCACUACAUACAAGUUUAAAAAACAUCACAAAAUGAAUAAAAACACCACAUAAAUCAUUUAUAUCUUUGUAUCUUAACCGCUUACAAUUAAUAUACAGUGUGUAUCGAGCAAAAAACACAAAAAAAAUUUCUAUAAACCCUGUGUACAAUUCCAAAAAGCAUCACAAAAUGAAAACAAUAGUACAUAUACCAUUGAAAUCUUUGAAUCCUAAGUUAGAAAAUGCAAUACACAGUCAAUAUGAGGAAAAAAUCAUAAUUAAAAAAAAUUAUCUUCUAGAAAUCAUGUGUACAAGUUCAAAAAGCAUCACAAAAUGAACAAAAAUAACACAUAGACCAUUGAAAUCUAUGAAUCUUAACUUAUAAAAUGCAAUACAUAGUCAAUACACAGUGUCUAUUGAGCAAAAAUCACAAUUAAAAAAAAAUUCUUUUCUAUAUACACAAUGUACAAGUUCAAAAAGUAUCACAAAUUAAAAAAAGAACAACAUGUAGACCAUUGAAAUCUUUGAGUCCUAAUUUUAAAAAUGCAAUACAUAAUCAAUACACAAUGUUUAUCAAGAAAAAAUCAUAAUUCAAAAAAAUCUCUUUAUAAACCAUGUGCACAAGUUCAAAAAACAUAACAAAAUUAACAAAAACAAUACAUAGACCAUUAAAAUCAUUGAAUACUAACUUUUAAAAUGCAAUGCACAGUCAAUACGCAAUGUGUGUUAGGAAUAAAACACAAUUAAAAAAAAAACUCUUCUAUAUGUACACUGUAUAAUCUCAAAAAAAAAAAAAAAAAA